CUGUGGUUUUCAAGCGAGAUUAGUUUCAUUUUCAUGUGUGAUUGAUAUCACUCCUUCACACAUUCUGUUUCGACCUUAUUUACACAACUCACAAUUCGGUAACAAUUUGGGUAAUUUCUAAUAAGUACGUCUGAAUUUAUAAUAGAAUUUAUCUAGAAUAUUUUAAUAUUUUUUCCUCAUAAUUGUACUCAAUCGGUAAACUCGAAAUUAAAGACAGAAAAGCCAGCAGAUUAGUAACAAUAUACAUUUCUGAAGUAUGGAUCCAAAUAAUGAAACUUUCAAGGAUCAGAAUGACGUGUCAUCCACACAAUUAUUGAGUGAGUCAACAUCCGAUGUUGCAAAAACAGGAUUGUCAACUGUUGAAGACUCUGCAUCAAACAGCAAACGACAAGAUCCACCAGUGAGAAUCAGAAAAAAACCUGGAAGAAAGCCUAAUCCGGCUUCUCCAGCUCUUCGAAAAGCUCAAAAUAGAGCUGCGCAGAGAGCAUUCAGAGAACGUAAAGAACGACAUAUGAGGGAACUCGAGACAAAUGUUAAAGCUAUCAAAGAACAAAGAGAUACACUAAUGCAUGAGAAUGAAAAACUAUCCAGUGAUAAUGAGAUCCUAAAAGCCGAAAACUGGUAUUUGAAAGGCAUUGUAUUAUCAUUACAAUUAGUAUGUCUUCAGCACAACCUAAGCAUUCCACAACAUUGCCCGCAUGUCAACGAUCAAACAUUAUCGGUUUUGGCGCAGUCUAUUCCCAACUCCAUCGCUUCCUACAUGAAUCUCAAGAAAAAAAACAAAUUGAAUUUGGCAGAUAAGAUACAACAGCAAAAUUCACAAUUUGAUAGUAAGCUAAAACAGCAGCACCAGCAAGAACAAUCGUCAGUACACAGACAGUGUUUAGUAACACAAAAUAAUGAUGACCUGCACAUGUCUAAAAAACACAAGAAUUCCAUUGACAUAAAUGAGCGUAAUAAACGAAAGGCAAGUACAAGUAAUCCAUAUCUACAAGACAUGCCCACUUUAUCCCCCAUAAGUACAGAAGAAGUUGGAUCCGUACCAUCAGCGAACAGUGUAGAUGCUGCUAGUAACAUCCUCCCUAUCCAAACUACAACCGUUAAUGAACCUGCGUCAUCAAAUUUGGCAGCACUUCAAAUACUUAGAAUGCGUUUACGCUUACAGUGCGCCAAAAUCCCUCUUACCAUUCGACCAACAUUGCUGCAGCUGACUGUUCCUCACGAUCCGCGAAUUGAUCUUAUACCAACACCACAAAUGCGCGACAGGAUGAUUCUUUUUAAAGAUCAAUUUGACUUGGAUGACUGCUUCAGAUGCUUGCUAUCAGGUUCUGUUUUCCAUGGUGGCGAUCCUGCAGUUGCAGGGAAUUGGCAGUUGCCCGCUGAAUUUUUUGACAAUUACUGGUUCUUAACUACCGAUUACAAUUUGAGAAGAUGUACCAAUGAAUGGAGAAAGAAACAAGGCUUACAGGAAAUCAAAGUAGAUAUGUCACCCUUAAAUGCAACUACUCAAAGCUCACCACAAAUGCAUGUAACUUCAUCACCGUCGUUAAGUAACCCAUUAAUGGAAACAAAACAAUAUAUCAAUCAAUCUUCCCGUCUUUCUCAACAAUCACAGUCCUCGGGAACACAGUUUAGUAACGUAACCGAGUAUAUUAGCAACCCACAACUGACCGAAAGCUUUGAUUUGAUUUCAGAAAAUGCGCUUUUUGAGCAACCUUCCAACCCUUCAAACCUCAGUGUAGCACCUGCAAUAAGCCUAAAUGAGUAUCCGAAUGUAAUUACAGCGUCUAAUUCAGGGCAGGAUUUACCUGUAGGUGUUCAAGUGCCAUUUCAACCCCAAGUACAGCCAAUGAUUCAGGCACAAGGUCAGUUUCAAUCACAUUCAUAUUCUCAACAACCACAACCACAUACGCAAACGCAGCCAUUGGAUCCGAUACAGCUACAGAAUAAUUGGAAUAAUUGGCUGAUAAAUCCUCAAGGAAACCUUAACAGCAUUAUAGAAACUUAGCACACCCUAUGCGUUUGUCCCUUAUAUGAGUCAAUUUAUACCCACUUUUUUAGCAUUUAUUUGAUUAGCAUUUUACAAACAAAGGGUUGUCACUAGAUAGUUGUAUAAAGAGAU